AUGGAGCAUGUGGAUGAUUGGUGGUUAACGGCUGUGUACGCAAGUCCCAAUGAUAAUUGCAAGAAGUUGCUUUGGGAUAGCUUGAAAGACAUUGCGAGGAAUUUGAUAGGAGGUUGGAUGGUUACAGGUGACUUUAACGACAUUGAUAAUGUGAAAGAUAAGAAGGGUGGUUUGCCAGCUUCCGUGCAAAGAUGUCAUAAGAUGGGGGAGAGAAUAGGAUCCUGCAAAAUCAGCAACAUUGAAAUGCGGGGUACCAAAUUUACGUGGAGAGGUCCAAUCUUUCAUGGCGGCCAAAGAAUUUACGAAAAAUUAGAUAGAGCCUUGAGUAAUGACGAGUGGAAGAUACAGUUUCCUGAUGCUUAUGUCCAAGUCUUAGUGCAUGUUGAGUUCUUCGAUCAUCACCCUAUCCUCAUCAAUAUGCGGGAAGAAAAUCGUGUGUUUCAGAAACACCCGUUCAGAUUUGAAAAUUGGAAAUUUGAGUUCUUUGAUCAAAUAAAAAGAAUGAAGAGGGUGGUUUUAAGAAGAUUAGAGGGAGUCCAACUUAAGCUGCAGAUGAGAGACAAUUAUGGUGGUAUGAGGAAACUUGAGAAGCAAGUACAAAAGGAGCUUAGUGAAAUUCUGAAUAAGGAGGAAAUGAUGUGGUUUCAGCGAUCGAGAACUAUGUGGAUAUUGGAAGAGAUAGAACUUCAUAGGAAUAUCGUGAUUGUCAUUAUGCAUGGUGUGACUAGUGUAGAGACUAAUAUUAAUUGGAAUGGCAAUAAGAACGAGUUUUUCAGAUCGCAACGAGGAAUUCGACAGGGUGAUCCAAUUUACCCUUAUCUUUUUGUUCUUUGUAUGGAUAAGCUUUCUCAUUUGAUAGAGCAUGCGAUUCUCGAGAAGUAA